CAGCUGCCUUAGCCUUUUCUUUACCGUCUCCUCUCCUCUCCAUCUGCUUUGCUUUGCUUUCCUUCCGAAUCCAAGAACAGAACCAUGCAAUCGCCCUCUCUACGUUUCUACCACAACAUCGCUCCUACCAAACCCCACAUCUCCCAUCACUUCGCAGGACUUCACUUCACUUCCAUUCCCACUAAAUCCGUCCUUCCCUCUUCUCUCUUCUACUCCAAUUUUCGUUCCAGUAAGAAGGCCAUCCCAAUUCAGUCCCACAGCAAGCCCCACAACCGCAAUUCAAAACCUAAAGGCAAACAUGGAACUAUCAGAGUCAAGGGUAACAAGGAAAACGUAUGGAGCGUGGAUAAUGAACUCGCCAAGGCCCAAAAAGAGAAGGAUAGAGCAACCAGGAGGAACCCGAAAGGUAGAUGGGUCACUAAGAGGAAGAGAAAUAAAGGUGGCAGAAUUCUGGUUUCUGGUGCUAUGCUAAUGGAGGUCGAAACCGUUCUCCAGACUCAGGAACCUGUAAUUAAGCCAAUAUGGAAUACGUUUGUUAGCAGUGUAAGUGGGAUAUGGAAAGGGGUGGGCGCCGUAUUUUCUCCGAUCACUGCAGAAAUGGAGCCGAUUGAAAUUGGAAACAACAAUGAAAACCUAUAUGAUUGCUAUACUCUUUCUUGUGUUGAGGAAGAUCGGUCUUUAUCUGGAGGACAGACAACUCAAAUUAAAAGGAGAGUAAAUUGGGUGACCUUAAAUCCUUACGGGGAAGCACUCCUGAACUGCGGAGAUGUUUCCUCAACCUCGGAAACAAUUCUAGGCGGAAGCCUUAAAAAUUACCGUCUGCCAAAAUUUGAGUCUUUUAAUUUCGAUAAAAGUGACGUGCUGGAAGCAGAUGUGAUGGGGAAUGAGCCCGGCCUUGUCUUCUUUGAGGAUGGAUCUUAUUCUCGUGGUCCUGUUAACAUUCCAGUGGGUGAAGUUGAUGAUACCAGUUAUUACAUAAAUCCAACUUUCAAGUUCGAACAGUGUUUAGUAAAAGGUUGCCAUAAAAGGCUCCGUGUCGUCCAUACCAUUGAAUUUAGUGGUGGCGGAUCCAACAUACAGAUACUAAGAGUUGCUGUGUAUGAAGAACAAUGGAUCAGCCCUGCAAAUAUGCCUGACAUAAGUGAUCUAGAGUUUGAUUUGAAGCCAUUUUCUCAACGAAAGCGAACCCAACCAUCAGAACUUACUGGGUCCUGGAAGGUGUUCGAAGUAAGUGGGACUCCAAUUUUUGGUGAGGAGACAGUGGAGGAGAGCGAUGCCACCCCAUACGUGUAUCUCUGCACAGAAACCUUAAAGAAAAGGAGCUUACCAGGAAACCUAGUAUACUUUGGGGAGGAAGAACUCAUAGACAUGCAGGAUGCUACCAUGCUGUGGCUUCCAGGUGGUGUCACUGGUUAUGUCGAUGUGAAAAAUGAUGGCAUCCUCUGUGUUGGAGUCGGUUGGUACUCAGAUGAGGGAAUCAACCUUGUUAUUGAGAGGGAUUAUGGAUUGGAUGGGGAGCUCAAGGAAGUAAGGUGGAAAUCUGAAGUGAAGAGACGAUGGUCUGACCCAGUACCCGUUUGAAUUACCUUGAUUUUUUUUGUUUUUUUUUGGUGAAGGCUCGUACGUCUCCCUUUCAAGAAUUCAGGUGUAUAUGAAUAAAACAAAAGCUAAAUGCAUGCCGUUGUUUCUAUCUACA